AUGCUCGCCAAGGCCGAUACCACCCACUUCGCUCGAGCCGGAUUGAGCGUCGCCAAAGAUUUUGCUGAUCUAUCCGGUAUAUCGUACCUUGCCCCCGCGAUUGGUACUCUCGACAAGAUCCUCGAUCUUUGCGACAAAGUUGACGCGAACAAAAAAGCGGCAAUAGCUCUGUGCGAACAUUGCUUCCGCCUCAUGAUUGCUAUUCAUAGGAAGACGGGAGCGAAGCCCAUCGACGGAAACUCAGACAUGGGAGAAGCCGUGUUGCGCCUCAACGGGAUUGUCCAGGACGCUCAUGGAAAAUUGCAACAGAUUCUGUGUCGUAGAUGGUGGCAAAUGUUCACGGGCCAGAGGUCUAUCGAGGAUGAAAUUGCACAAUAUCACGACCGCAUCGCCUCAUGCCUCGACGAGUUCCAGCUCAUAGCUGUGCUCGACGCGCGCGAGCAGGGCCAAGAGCGAGAGCUGUUACAAAGAAUUGCUGAUCAGCGUACGCAACAGAAACUGGACGAGAUUGGGCGCAACACAGUCUCUAUUCAGACCCGUAUCUUGAGCACGGAAACGAAGACUAGCGAGCUGGUGGACUUCGCGAGGGUCGCGGCACAGGAACACAAGUAUCAGAGCGAGGUUCUGGUCAACAUUCAGGAAUCUCUCUCUGGGAGUGGACUAGCAGUCAUGCGUGUCGGAGCAAGCACCAUCCGACGACAGAUCGAAGCGUUUUCUAUGAGCUGUAAUGGUGCUUUGGAGAACUUCAGAGGUGUCCAUACUGAAAGGGGGGAGGUUGUUGUCAAACGGAUACACCAAUGCAAGAUGAGCGACAAAGUGAAACGACGCUUCAUUCGGGAAAUCGAUGUAUGGAAGGCUGUGUACGAAGUCGACAGCGGCGAGCAUAUAGUGCCUUUCUGGGGGUACGGACAAGAUGGCGAUCACCCUUUCGUGUUUAGUCCUUAUUUUCCAGAAGGAUCUAUCAUGGAGUAUAUCGAAAAACAUGGCAAUGCUGUAGAUCGAAUGCAACUGGUCAGGUCUCUGGCGCAAGCCAUCAGGGUACUUCACAACAUGGAUAUAGUCCAUGGCAAUAUCCAGGUUGCUCAAUGUUGCAUAGACACGUCAACUGGAAGCCCUAAAGUCUUGCUUUCUGAUUUCGGCUUGACUAAGAUGAUGGUCGACAACAUCGUGGAAUUCACCGACUCUCGCGGAUACGAGAUUACUAGAUGGGCUGCCCCCGAGGUUUUGGCCGGAAACGCGUCAAAGGCUCAGAUAUACAGUACACCGGCGGACGUUUAUGCUUUCGGCAUGACCAUACUCGAGGUGAUGACGGGCCAGCACCCAUAUUCCAAUUACAACGCCUUCCAUCUAGCCUUCCUAGCGAAGAUGAUGAGAGGUGAACUUCCGCCUCAACCCACCGAGCCGGAGGUGGUGGCCAAUGGACUAGACGACUCCCUGUGGAGCCUCCUUCUAGACUGUUGGCAAACGGAUCCUACGAAGCGGCCCACAAUUGACGAGGUGAUCGCCCGGCUAUAA